GCAGAGGCGCUUCUAGUUGAUAAUUUUUAAACAAAUUUCAGUGACAACAAACAAAUUUAUUACAAAUACAGUGUGCUAAAACAAUAACAGUUUUGUGUGGAGCGAAGCGCAUAAGACAACACAAUGUUGAAUGGUUCAUCAUCACGCACAUAAAAAAAACAAAUGAAAACAUUAACAGGUCACAACACACACAUUAACAUAAAAAUUUGCCCUCUCACAAAACAUAAACUAAGCAAGCAAGCAAGUUACAAAGUUCAAAGCAGCAUCUUUAGAAAAAAUCAGCAGAACUCAUCAUCAUCGACGUCAUCAACAAGUCAACAAAAUUAGGAAUGUCGUGGAUGGCAUUUGGAGCGCUCGCAUCAGGCCUGGUACUUCAGCGUCUGCUUGGCGGGGACUAUCCACCCAAUAAGGUUGUAGAAAUAAAAAGCGAAUCGCUGGGAACGUUGCAGGUCUUGGCACGCGAUGAUGCUAUGGUCCUGUUUGCACCGCCCUAUAAUACCAACGAUAAGCGCUCCAAUUAUGAAAUUGUAUUGCAACGUCCCACAUCAGACUCAAAUACCACAUCCUUUAGUCUAUAUCGCUCGCCUGUGCAGCAAGAGGCGGAAGAUAAGUUCAAUGCGUUUAUGCAACGUUUGCCCGUCUUUGUCAGCAUUGUCAAGGAGUACUAUAAUGUCAAUGGCCUGCAAAAGGUUUGCGACGCACUAUCGGAGAAUCCGUCAUGGUCGCUGACUCAUCUGAUUGCCUUUUUCAAUUUGGUUGACUACAUAAGCAAUCCGAAGGUCUUGCAAUGCGUCGAUCAUGCCGAUCACACUAGUCUCAUGUCGCCAUUUCAGUUGGCCAUCAAACAGAGCCAUAUUGAAAUGGUAAAGGUACUGUUGCCCCUCUGCAAAAUCGAGCAUUUGGAUAUUAACAGCAACUCCGUGUUUCAUUAUGCUGCCAGCACCACCAAAGAAAUAAUAAAUCUUCUCACUGAAAAAUCAACAGUCAAUUUAAACCAUUUGAAUUCGGAUGGCUAUACACCGCUCCACUUGGCCUGUGUCUCAGACAAGCCGGAUUGCGUUAAGGCUUUGUUGCUGGCCGGCGCCGAUGUUAAUUUAAAUGCCAAGAAUAUCAGCAAAUUGUACAAAACCUCCACACCCACAUCUGUGGCUUCCUUUUUGCGCACCAAUGCGAGCAAACUCUACACACAGGAUAUGAAAUAUGGCGGCACACCCCUCCACUGGUGCUCCUCCCGCGAAACAUUGCACGCUCUGAUCAUGGAGGGCUGUGAUGUGAACGCCACAAACUUUGAUGGACGCACCGCUCUGCAUGUGAUGGUGGCACGCAAUCGCUUCGAAUGCGUCGUCACUUUGCUUGCCCACGAUGCCGAUAUCGAUGUGUUGGAUAAUGAGGGAAAUUCUGCUUUACAUAUUGCAAUUGAAAAGAAACUAGUGCCCAUUGUACAAUGCCUGGUGGUGUUUGGAUGUGACAUCAAUUUGAAGAACAAAGAUGGCAAGACGCCUCGUCAUAUGGUGGGCACCGAAACAAGCGACAAUAAAGAAGAUGAAAUACUUUACAUAUUGCAUUCGGUCGGUGCCAAACGCUGUUCCGAUUCCAGCUCCAAAUGUCCACCUGGCUGCCAUGCCAAAGGCACAUACAACGGCAUACCACCGGAGCCGACAGAAUAUGUCGAGCAACGCGAACAUAUUGAAAACAUGUUGGCCUCCACCAGUCGACAAAUGGUGGGUGGCUUUUUGGGCGCUGCGGCCAAUGAUUUUAUCGAAAAGCAAAUGCCGCAACCACAAAUCCCCGUCGUAGUUGACACGGAGAAGGAGCAAAAGGGUCAAAGCAUUAUGGACGCCCUGCUUGGCAUGUUUACCACCAAAGUGAAUGCUGACGAGAUCGUAAAGGAUGGUUCAUCCGGCAGUCUGGCCAGUGCCGUUGCCAGUACGCCCGGUGUGGCCAGUCCCGAACAACUGCCUUCACCUACAUCGCCCAUUGCGGCCGAGGUGGGUGACAAACCCUAUGGCCGUGGUCGUCUGCUUUGCUUGGAUGGUGGCGGCAUUAGGGGUCUCGUGCUCGUGCAGAUGCUGCUCGAAGUGGAGAAAUUGUCACGCACACCCAUCAUUCAUAUGUUUGAUUGGAUUGCCGGCACCAGUACGGGCGGUAUUUUGGCCCUGGGUCUGGGCUGUGGCAAGACAAUGCGGCAAUGCAUGGGUCUGUAUCUGCGCAUGAAGGAACAAUGCUUCGUGGGCUCACGUCCUUAUCCCAGUGAGUAUUUCGAGUCCAUACUGAAGGACAAUCUGGGCGAGUUCAAUGUAAUGACGGACAUCAAGCAUCCAAAGAUAAUGGUGACGGGUGUGAUGGCGGAUCGUAAACCUGUCGACUUGCAUCUAUUUCGCAACUAUACCAGCGCCAGUGACAUUCUGGGCAUCGUGACUUCCAUAAGCAACCGCCGUAUUCCGCCACCACCGCCUGAGGAGCAACUGGUUUGGCGUGCGGCUCGUGCUACAGGUGCUGCACCUUCCUAUUUCCGUGCGUUCGGUCGUUUUCUGGACGGCGGCCUAAUCGCCAAUAAUCCCACUUUAGAUGCUAUGACGGAAAUUCACGAAUACAACAGCGCUUUGCGUAGCGUCGGCCGUGAAUCGGAGGUUAUUCCCGUCUCAGUUGUGGUUUCACUCGGCACUGGACACAUACCCGUCACAGAGCUCAAGGAUAUCGAUGUAUUCCGUCCGGAGAGCAUUUGGGACACGGCGAAAUUAGCUUACGGAAUAUCUACCAUUGGCAACUUACUCGUGGACCAAGCCACCUGCUCUGAUGGUCGUGUCGUUGAUCGUGCACGCGCCUGGUGCAGCACUAUUGGCAUACCAUAUUUCAGAUUCAAUCCCCAACUGAGCGAGGACAUUGCUAUGGAUGAGAAAAACGAUCAGAAGCUUAUCAACAUGCUGUGGCAUACGAAGGCAUACAUGCAUAAAAACCGCAAUAAGAUUAUCGAGAUGAUUAACUUUUUGAAAUAGCGCUCAAGACGGAUUUAGACCGCAUACACUUUAGGGGCCUCCGUCAAGGCCAAUUAAUAACAGCGAAUUGUCGAAUUUUGUCUGUUCGAUCCUUUUCAACUUUCGUCUUGCUAUUUAUAAUUUCUAAAUCAUUUUUUUAGCACCUUCCGCGGUCUAAAUCAGCACACAAACACACACACACAAAUACACAUACAACACACACUCUUGUAUAAACACAUCCAAUAGAAUAACAUUUGUUUUAUGAAAAUAGUUAAAGACGGCCGAACACAACAGCUUUUGGGGUUGAAAAGCGCAUACGUGUAUGCAAAUUAGUCCAAAUUGUUUUAUACCUAAUACGCUUUCAAUAUUGUGUUAAUGGUUGAUAAGUUUCUAAACGAUAAGUGUUAGCCGUGUCUCUCAAUUGCUGUAAUACCCUGUAUUAUUUACCAAUUACUCUUACUGCUACGUCCCAAUUGAAUUGGUCCCAUUUGUAUCUUAACAUAUAUUCUGUAAAAUGUAAACAUUCCGUGGCGGUUUGUUAGUUAAUGUUUAAAUAUGCACGAAUUUUUGAAUAAAUGUGUUUUAAAUAUAAA